CACGCGCACACCGGGGAACGGAGCGGAGAUAACGAGGCAGCACACACACCGCCAGGCUGCGACACACACACACACACACACACACACACACACACACACACACACACACACACACACACACACACACACACACACACACACACAUACACACACCCGGACACGGAGCUGGGGGACGGGGUUUAGUGAGAGUAGUCUCGUGUUGGUGGAUUAACGCGGUGCCCGGUCUCUCUACCCGGACCAGGCCGACUGCAGCUAUCCGCACUCCUUUUCCCACAAAUGGCAAGUCCUGUUUCUGAGGGAGGACCCCCGCAGCAUCAGCACCCCCACCCUGGCCCGGACCCCGUCCCGGACCCCGCGGUCCAGGAGGCUCGGAGAUGGAUCAAGGCCGUGACCGGGAGAAGUUUUGCUGAGCGGGAUUUCAGAGCGGCUCUGGAGAACGGAAUUCUGCUCUGCCAGCUGCUGAGCUGCAUCAGCCCCGGCCUCGUCAAGAAGAUCAACAAACUGCAGACCCACAUCGCUGGCCUGGAGAACCUGUGUGUGUUCCUGAGGGGCUGUGAGGACCUGGGCCUGAAGGGCUCUCAGCUGUUUGACCCCGGAGACCUGCAGGAAACUUCGCCGCGCCCCACCGCCAAGCCGUCAGAAGAAAGCAGGAAGAUAAAUAAUGUCCUGGUGACUCUGUACUGGUUGGGGCGCGCGGCCAACAGCUGCGUGUGGUACAGCGGACCCGCUCUGGACCUGACACAGUUCAGCGGCCUGCUGGCCCAGAUGAGACAGGAGGAGGUCAGCCCAAAGGCCAGCAGCAUCCGGGACAGCGGCUACAUCGACUGCUGGGACUCAGAGCGCAGUGACUCGCUGUCGCCCCCCCCCCGCCACGCCCGGGAGGACUCCUUCGACAGCCUGGACUCCUUGGGCUCGCGCUCCCCCGCCACACCCCCUCCCCCGACGUCCUGGCGCCCCCGCGGCAGCAGCGACGGCCGUGGCUCUGACUCUGAGUCCGACUCCCCGACCCAGCGGAAGGUUCCGGACGUGAGGAAGGACGACAUGCUCGCCCGCCGCACCUCGGUGAGCGAGCCGCGGGCCGCCGUUCCUUUCAACCAAUACCUGCCCACCCGCAGCCAGGCCGCCGCCCACCUGGCCCCCGCCCCCCUCCAGGCCGCCGCCCACCUGCCCCCCCCGGGCCACCUCCCCGGCCCGCUGCGGCGCCGGAGGGGCGACCAGGAGGAGGUGCCGCGUAGCAGCUGGAGCACCACCUCCUCGCCUGUAGGGGGCGACAGACCGCUCAGUCACAUGACCCGAGUCAACAGUCCGUCCCUGGAGCCCCAGUCCCAUCCCCCUAGCCCCUCCCCUCUCCGAACGCCCCAUAAUACCCCGGUCACUAUGGUUACCCCUCCUCCACCCCCUCCACUGGUCACCGGACCGCAGAACUGGAUGACGGAGCAGGAGGAGGAGGAGGAGGUGGGAGGGGCCAUCCCGCCUCCUGGCCUCUGGGGACUGUCCUUCAGGAGGUGCAGUGCUCCCCAGCCCCGACCCCACAACACGCCCCACCGGGAGACAGCCAAUCAGCUGGCGGUUAGCUCCGACCACAGGAGUGUGAGUAUGAUUGACAUGCGUGGCGAGGAGGUGGGGCUUCAGCCUCACUGCCAGGCACGCCACGAGGGGAUCCACAGCCAGUACCACCGCAUGAAGGACGACGACGACCACUGGCAGGAUGACCUGGCGCGCUGGAAGACGCGGCGGCGCAGUGUGUCUCAGGACCUGAUGAGGAAGGAGGAGGAGAGGAAGAGGAUGGAGCAGCUGAUGUCAGGCGGCGGAGCAUCCGCCCAGCGCAGGAAGAGCAUCAAGACGUACCGCGAGAUCGUGGAGGACAAGGAGCGUCGGGAGGAGGAGCUACGCCUGGCCUAUCGCAGCGCCCGUUCCCCCGAGGAGGCGGCGGUGGUGCUCCAGCGCUACACCCAGCGCUUCUCCAUCAGCGAGGCCGUGAUGGAGCGGCUGCAGCUGCCCAAACUCCUGGACCACGGCCCUGCCUCCCCCCUCUCCCCUCUCUCCCCCCUCGGCCCCGCCCACGACUCCGACGGACCAAUGAGGUUCCUGCGGCAGCAGUCGGCGCCGGCGCCUCGCUUCACCGCCACGGUGGAGGCCCGGGUGGAGGAGGUCCCCCGAGGCUCCUCCCCCUCCUCGCCCCCCCACCGCCCGCAGAUUCGCUCGCGGUCCUCGGAGCCCCCCUGCUCACGUGCCCCCCUCUCCCCUGAAGCCGGGCCCCUGCUGAGCCCCCGGCCCCUCCCCAGGGCCCCCGCCUCCCCCUCCAGACCCCGGGGAUCAGGACCCUCUGGAUCUCCAGGACCCUCUGGAUCUCCAGGACCCUCUAGAUCUCCUGGUUCUCCAGGACCCUCAGCAGAACCAGGACCUGUGAGUGGGAAGGCGGACAUUUUGAAGCUCGUCACCGGAGACACCGGAAAUGAUGUCGCCCUCAGCACGCCAACAGAUUCUCCUUCGCACCUCCAACCCUCCCCCUCCCGACCACUGCCUCUCCUCCCCCCUUCACCCACCCCGGCCACGCCUCCCCGGGCCACGCCCACCAUGGACACGCCCACAUUGCCCUCGCCCGCCUUGGCCCUGCCUGUCGCCAUCCAGGGGCCUCCACAGCCCGGUCCUGGAGCCCGGAGCCUCGCCCCCCUGGGCCCCGCCCCCCCGGGCAGUCCCAGCUCCGCCCCCACGGAGCAAGGGGAGCUGAGAGGAGGCGGAGAAACUGCUGACCAUCUGAAGAGGGAGGAGCCAAAGGCUGAAGCUCCGCCCCCAGAACCUCAGAACACGUCCAUGGAACCGACGCAGACUCCAAAACCAAACACCCCCCCUCUUGUCCAAUCAGAGCCUAGUGUGUGUCUGCAGCCCAGCGGCUCGCUGCCCGAUUGGUCCUACGCAUCAGACGGUCUUCCAGAUGUCUCCAUCUCCCUCGGUUACAGCUCUCCCUCUGCCACCAGAACAGAGCUCCUAAACAGUGUGAGUUCCCGUCGGGAGUUCUUCCUCUCGCCAGAUGGCAAGGAGCAGGGUCGCCAUAGCAACGGGCCCCCGGGGACACUCCGAGGGGAGCGGGGGCCCUGGGACCCGGAGGACGAGCGGCGGAGACAGGAGAGGUGGCAGCAGGACCAGGACCGGCUGCUGCAGGAGCAGUAUCUGCGGGAGCAGGAGCGACUGAGGGGGGAGUGGGAGAGAGCCCAGAAGGAGGUGGUGGAGGAGGAGCUGAAGUACCACCAGGAGGAGCGUAAGCUGCUGCAGGAGACUCUGCCCCCCCUCACCUCCCCCCUGCCCUCCCUAGACUCCCCCCUCGCCUCUCUCCCCUCCCCGCGCCGGGGGAUGCAGAACCCGCGACCGCCACAGGGGGUCGCUGCCCCCUCGCUGAGCAGCUGGGAGAACCAGGAGAGACAGUCGGUUGGAAGUGAAAACUACAGAACGAGUGACAUCAGCACAGCAGAUGAUAGCAUGAAGACCGCCAAGAGCUCUUUCAGUCUCAACAGCAGCCAAUCAGAAGCUGUCCACCAGGCUAUGCAAAACGGACAAAAGGCCUUGCCUCAAGCCCCGCCCACAACAAUGGCCCCUGCCAGAAGCCCCGCCCACAGCGAGAAGCAGGAAGAGGUCCUGGACCGUAGCACCCCCAGCAAACCCAAAGGAGACCGCAGGUGCCGUCCUGUUGAAUUAAACUCUAAGCCCCCCCCCUGCCCCGCCCCCAACAGGUCGGUGAGUGGCAGGAAGCUGUGCUCCAGCUGUGGGCGGGCCUUAGGGAAGGGCGCGGCCAUGAUCAUUGAGACGCUCGGACUCUUCUUCCACAUCCAGUGUUUCAAGUGCGGGGUGUGUCGGGGUCUUCUCGGGGACACCACCACGGGAACGGACGUCCGGAUCAGGAACGGACUCCUCAACUGCCACCAGUGCUACAUCCGCUCCCGCUCUGCUGGUCAGCCGACCACCUUGUGAUGUACAGGAGACCAAAUAUGUCCUCCUCCUCCUCAUUCACCUCCUCCAAUGGUUCACCUGGUUGGCCCCUCCCUCUGCAGGGCAUGGGCCAAUCAGAACGGGCGGUAAAAGGUUUCAAGACU